AUGGCCCCACCUCCACCAGUCAUUAUAGAUGCUCAGGUUGUGUCUGGUAUCACAGGCUCUAUUUCUUUAGCUUGUUGGAUUAUUGUGUUCGCUCCGCAAAUUUACGAAAAUUUUCGUCGUAAAUCAUCAGAUGGUUUAUCUUUAAUGUUUAUUGUUCUAUGGCUAGCAGGGGACGUUUUCAAUGUUUUAGGGGCAGUCUUACAGGGCGUUUUACCCACGAUGAUAGUUCUUGCUGUAUACUACACUUUGGCAGAUGUAGUGCUCUUGUUACAGUGCCUUAUGUAUGGAGAUGGUAAGCAACCAGAUUUUGUUCAUCUAUCACCAGCAAAUCCUCUCAAUGAUGACGUUCUUGAAACGGCUUUAUCACGAGAGUUGAUUGAAGUGGAAUCAGAAAUCACCGUCACAAAUUCGAACUCAAGAUUCAGCCCAGUCAAGGCAUUCUUGCACAAACUAUUCAUGGUUUCCCUUGUAUUUUCGGCUGGCUUGAUCAGUUGGUACAUAUCAUACUCCAAAAAUCACGGCAAGCAACAUAAAGCUCCAGAAGAGAUGGAAUUUGAUCCUCUUGCGCAAUUUUUUGGGUGGCUCUGUGCGAUUUUAUAUUUAGGGUCAAGAAUACCCCAAAUAUUGUUGAAUUACGAACGAAAGUCUUGCGAGGGGAUUUCAUUCAUGUUUUUUCUCUUCGCUUGUUUAGGAAAUUUGACGUAUGUCAUCUCUAUUUUGGCUAUUGAUAUGAGCUGGAAUUAUAUUUGGGUGAACUUAUCCUGGUUAGUUGGGUCUUUGGGAACUUUGGGUUUGGACUUCACAAUAUUCAUUCAAUUCUUCCUAUACAACGAGAAUGGUGAAACAGAAUCUGAAGAACAAGAACAGCUAAUUGGGGGGCUGCAACUUCAGUAUUCCUCUACCUAG